GUGCUCUAGGACGCCCGUACACCUACUUUUAUAUUUUUCUACGCCGUAUCUGGCCGCAUCAUACACAAACCGUAUUUACCCACGAAUUUAACUUCUAUUAACAUAUCUAUCCGGCCUCUCCAUGAUGUUAUUUAUCAAAAUAUACAAGAAAUGUUAAAUAAAUGCGGGAAGUGUGAAAUGGAGGCAAAAUUUACGCAUUCGUCCGGUUUUCGAAAAUGAAUCAAAAUGCCUUGGAAUUGUUUCUGGGGAUACGAAUCUCCGCCGCCAGCUUGCCGCGUCAGUGGACCAUUGCAGUUAGCAUUUCAGAAGGAAGGGGCGGGGCAAGCGCACGCGUUUCGUAGCAAGGCGUUCAAGAAACCGCGGGCCUGCCAAUGGUGCCAUCAGCCAGUGCAGAACCAGGGCAGUUGUUGCAGAGUUUGCAAAUAUGUCUGCCACACAGGCUGUGAGAGCAAGGUGUCCGGCGCCAUUGAGCUGUCGGACCCGGCCAAUUCUGCGGAGAUAUUGAAACGGCUGCAGAAUUCGGACAAAGCAAGAUUCUCCGACACUAGCUGGCAAAUUCAUCGAACUUGGGCCCGCAAUGGGGAUCCGCUGCAUAUCUCACCCCCGCCCUCAAGAGCGGAAAAUACGCUUCCUACUUCCGCUGACACCGCGGCCUCGCCUCUUCGCAACGACCAGAAUGGCAUCUAUGACACAAUCACGACUCGAGCAGUCAGCGCCCCGGCACCAUCUGCUACGCCUUCUUUCGCAAGAGAAUAUGGAGGAGCUCGAUCAAUUAGUUACCCCGGGCCUGGGGGUCCCGGCUCCCGACUAGACCUUUGCUAUGUGGCUGAACGCAUGCUAGCAUUACAUCUGCCAGACAGGGACGCGCAUGCAGAGGCCCAAGCCGCUCAUAUGCUAAACAACAAACAUGGAGAACAUUAUAUGGUGUUUGAAGUGAGUGGGGGUGAUGGAAAUAGUGAUGGCCAUGCUGCAAGGAACAUAUUCGGGCGCGCAAGAUCUCUUGGCUGGCCCGGAGACCUUGCACCGCCGCUCGAGCGUCUUUGUGCUGCCUGCAAACACAUCGAGAGUUGGCUCGCUGCAAAUCCAAAGAACGUCGCCAUACUCUUAGCAUGGGGCAAUCGUGAAAGACUUGGAGUCCUGGUAGCGGCGUACAUGCACUAUUCGGCAAUAUGUGGCGCUCCCGAACACGCUCUCGAUCGGUAUGCGAUGCGACGAUAUCUCGACGAUCGGGUUCCCAUGUUUCAACUGCCUUCCAAUAAACGAUACAUCGACACGUUUGCCGGAUUACUAGCAGGUCAGAUAAGAGUGAACGCAGCACCUCUGCAGCUUACGCACGUAAGCGUAGCUGGCUCGCUUGCUGCUACUACAACACCCACCAUAGCCUUCCUCAAGAUCUACGAGAAUUACACCUGCGUCUAUACAUCUGGACUAUACAUGGUAAACGGCGGUGGCUGGACGGUGGGAGUGGGACGGCUGGCACUGCGGGGUGACGUGCUUGUCCGCGCGUACAGGCGACCUGCGCAUGCGAAUCCACACGCGCAUACACCUCAACGCCAUCUAGUAUUCGCCUGUCAGUUCCACACCUGCGCCGUCGCGGACCACACCCUCUCCUUUACUAAGCAGCAACUUGACCACGCUGUGCAUGAUUUUUCAGAUCCAUCGUUCCCGAAUGACGGCGCUGUAGAACUAGUGUUCGCGAGGGGUGAGGGUUCAAGCGGCGCCGCGCCAGCUCCAACGCCCGCAGCGCCGUUACGCGCCGCACCUGACGCGCUCGCACGAGCCGACUCGCUAGAACACCUCCGCCCGCUCUCUACACUCACUGAUGAUGAACCUGGUGACAACAACGGCAGCGCAGAGGGCUCGGGAUCGGGCGGGGAGGCGGGCGAGGGAGCGGAGGCCGCGCAUACAUUCGGACCUCUCGACGGGUCCAUCUACGCGACGGUAGUGCGUGCGGGCGGCGGGCCCUCGUCUCCGCUCAGCGCUUCAAUGGACUCAGGCAUCUCGUCAGCGGGGCGCCGCGCCGCCCCCAGUCCGCCGGAUGAGCUGGACGCGCUGCUGGGAGACAUGCUCCGCACCGUGAGCGCGCUGCCCGACCCGCCUGUAUCGGCUCAACAGUCGCACGCCGACCGCGCUCCUGACAUACCGUACCACGCGCGCGCAGACUCCGCGCCCUUCACCUACGGCGCGCCCGGCCUCCGCCCCGGCAUGCUGCGCGCUUCCAACCGCCUCGCCAGCCCUGAGCUGGUCAGGCGGGCCCUGGGCAGCGACCGCAGCUAUCGAGGCAUUGAAGACGACGACGAUGAGCGUACCGUAACUCCAGAGCCAUCCCCGCGGACUCCGCUAUCACCGCGCACUUUACGAAAGCUCACACAUGACGACGUCACCACUACUACCGUCACAACUGUUCCUCAACCAUCUUCGCCUCUACACAAUGGAAGAUGGCUGAAUGGUGACGCGGAAUGGAUAGAAAGGCCGCCUAGCAGCGCUAGGAAAACUGCAACCGAAAACGGCACAUGGCGAUCUAAUAGUACUUUAGGAUGGCACGAAACUUCACGGGCUAGAGAACCACGGAGAUCGGAGGGCAACGUUGAUACAACUUCAGGUCUUACAUGGCUACAAAGACAACAGCAGAAACUAAGAGAGAGGAAAGAGGCAAGGGAGAGGGUCGCUCGACUGCCGCUCGAGUGGGACGCUCCUUCCCGACACGUGCGCAGAUCAGCUAGCCACCGUGUGGAUGGUUACACCAGUGACACAACAGCGUUUGCUGAUGACGAUGACGACUUCAGUGUACCUCUACACGUCAACACACGCACCCCUCUCAGGACUGACAGUAUCAGUCCUCAAGCUCCAGACAGGACCUCAUCUAAGAAAUUCAUGUAUGAAAAGAUGACGAUGCGUGAGUGGAGUGCAAACAGCACGCCGACCAGCACACAAGCGCCUGGUUUAUUGUCUCUUGCGGAGCCUAACAACAACGACACCAUUAUCCGAGAACGGUCAGAGAGUUGGUCUCGCACCGAGUCCCGGGCAGGCACGCCUGCUUUUCCGACGCAUCCUCGCACACCUUACCCGCCAACGCCGACCCCUUCACUGACAGCCAGACCACCACGAUCACCGACGGUCACAAGAAAAGAACGCGAAGGCAGUCCCGAAUCGGAAUACCGCACGUACAACGGCAGCACCGGAUCGCGGCGCUCCAGCGUCAGCGGGGGCGCAGAACCGCAGCACGUAGCUCCCGAUCGCGUGCGAUUCGCUCGGGACACCAGCCAUUAUUGGUACAAGCCAAACAUCUCUCGUGACGACGCGGUGACAGCAGUACAACAAUUGGAUGAGGGCGCUUUCAUAGUUCGCGAUUCGAACUCAUUCCCGGGUGCCUUUGGCCUGGCGGUGCGAGCUGGUGGGGCGGGCGGAGUACGACACUUCCUCAUCGAGCCAACUGCAAGAGGAGUCCGCCUGCGUGGAUGUCCCGAUGAACCAGUCUUUAGCUCCCUUUCUGCUCUUGUCUACCAGCACACUGUCACGCCUCUUGCUCUGCCCGUGCCAUUGAAACUGCCUGAGAGAGACCCCUGGAUUGGUGGUAGUGCGAGUGCGGCCGCGCGUGCUUUGCUGGCGACAGGAGCAGCGUGUAAUGUGCUACUGCUGGGCUCCGAGAACACCGAAGCACUAACUGGUCCUGCUGCUGUUAAACGAGCCGUCCAGAACAUUCUUCAGAAAAAGGCAGCAGCCCAUGUAGUUCACUUCAAAGUAUUCGGCGGAGGUAUCACGCUAACGGAUGCAACACGUAAGCUGUUCUUCCGAAGACACUACCCAGCUUCAGGCGUAUCCUACGCGGGCCUCGAUCCUGAUGAGCGAAGAUAUACCUACCUCGAAAACGGCACUCAGCAUGAAAAACGUAUAUUUGCAUUCGUGGCUCGAGCAUCUUCAGGGGCAGAUAAUCAGUGUCAGGUGUUCGCUGAGCUGGAACCAGAACAGCCUGCUACUGCUAUCGUCAACUUUGUCAACAAGGCUCUCCUCGGGAACUCUCAAAAAAGGGAUAUUAUCUGAAACGUUUAUUUUAAACGUUUUCUUAACAUACCUAGCUUCAUUCGCUUUAGUGGACUAACAAUACUCACUUAUAAGUGUAAAACACAAAAAUUAUUCAUCGGCUACAUGAAUAAAAAUCGUAAUAUUGGUUUUGUCUAUUAUUAUUCCACUAAGUAUAUCUACUUAUAAAAAAUAUAAUAUAUUAUGUGAAAUGGUGAAAACGGUUUUUGUUCUUUAUAUAAACUUAGUUUUAAAAAUAAGUUAUUUUCAAAGAUUUACUAGUACGCUUCACAUUCACCAAGUACAAUGUACUAUUAUAAUUUUAAUUUAAUAACAAUGAAAUAUAUAUUAUUAUUAAUUUAGUGUAGAGAAGGAACUAACUAGUCUCAUUAUUAUAUUAAUAUAGAGUCAUGUGUGCCUAACAUUAGGUAUUACGUCAUUAAUAAUGUAAUAUUUAAGAAAUUACUUUACACUAAAAGGACCUACAGCAUACUGGAUAGAUAUAAAUUAUAUGAUUAAUAUAAAGCCCUAGAUCGACACAAAGAUUUUGUCUCACUCAAGCACAGGCAUUUUGCCGAAAAGUACAACGAAAGAACAGAAAAUUAUUAAAUUAUUCAUUGGUAUGUGGCCAUCGAUAGAUAAGCUUUUUAUUAUAUUAAGAUCGUCCACAUAAAAAAAAUUAAAUAUUAUCUACAUCAAAUCAUACCGCGUGGUCUGCACGCUAGGGUACAAACUGACAGGCUGACAACCGAAACGACUGAUUUCGCGCGGUCAACUGAGGUCAAAUCAUUCUGAUUUAGCCAAUCGGACUGAUUUUGUGAUCCCAUUUUUUUAUCCAAAAAAACAAUAUUUGACACAAUCGAUUUCCUUUAUUAUUUAAUCAAUUAAAAUUUCAAGGCAGCUUUUUAAGAGCUACUUAAUAAAAAUCAUUAUAACUGUUGAUAGAUAUGACGAAAAACACCACGACUAGCAUAGAAUUUUAAAUUUGAGUUGUAAUAAGCUUGGAAAAUGAAAUAUGUGCUGCGCAUAUUUCAACUAAAAGCUGUAUAAAAUAAAAUGCCUUACCAGUGAUCUAAUAAUGAUAUGAAUAAAUAUGAUAACUUAAUUGUUAAAGUGUACCCAGUUAAUAUAGAUUAAAUAUACUUUAUUUGUAAGGAAUAACUGUUGUCAAAUGUAUUUAUUGGUUAAAAUAAAUCAUUUAAACUAUU